GAUUGAUGAAGCUAAGAGCUAGGACGAUGGUGGGGCGUUUAGAUGAAGAGGCAGGCUGCUGUCGUGGUACUUUUCUCCCGCCACAAAAAUCUUUUAACAAAGCUUUCUUGGUCUCGUCUUGGACAGGCAUGUAUAUGUAUGGAUACAGACAGACAUACGUAUAAACUCGCUCUCUUGUCGACCUGUGGCGCUGAAGAAUUAGCGGUGAGUUUGCAAAGAGGAAGGAGAAUAAAGCAGCAAUGCCUCCAAAGAAGAGAAUUGGCGAUGACGACGCCAGUUUGAAUGUGAAAAGACGUCGGAAGAAGAAUGGCGAAGACAUGGAAUUCGGUAACAAUUCCACUUUAGAUGCAGAUUCUGAUGAUGAAAAUUUGGAUAUUAAACUGGAAGGGUCCCUCGUAAAUGGAGAAGUGUUGUUUGCUGGUGGUACCAAUUGGUGUAUGGUUGGACGUAGCCAUCUACCUAAAGGAGUGAAGAACGGUGGCGGUCAUAACCUAUGGGGACCGCAUCGUAUAGCCAACCUUUGUGGAGUGAGAGUGCGUACAGUGGUCUCUGGCUGUACAGCUUGUCAUUGUGUUGUCAUCACAGCUGAAGGUCAAGUCAUGACUUGGGGUCGCAAUGAAAAGGGCCAGUUAGGCCACGGAAAUGAUAUCCGCAAAGAUAUUCCCACCGUGGUUGAAAGUUUAGCCAACGAUGUGAUCAUUGAUGCUGCUUGUGGUAAGAACCACACCCUUUUCCUAACAGAGAGAGGUAAGGUUUAUGCUUGCGGAGACAAUAAGAUGAGCCAACUUGGUAUUGGUCACCAGAGUCCUUGUGUACCAACCCCUGUCAGAAUCCAUUACAAAGGUCCACCAGUGCGGAAAGUAGCCUGUGGCGCAGAGUUCAGUAUGAUAGCUGACAUACGCGGUAACCUGUAUUCCUUUGGAUGUCCAGAACAUGGUCAGCUAGGUAACAAUUCUGAUGGAAAAUACUUUGUAACCAGCAAUAAACUGUCGUUCAAGUGUGAACUGGUGCCAAAGAAACUUCAUGUGUUUAUUGAGAAGACAAGAGACGGCCAUGUCAUUCCUGUCACUGAUGUGGAAAUUAGAGAUGUUUGCUGUGGAUUGAAUCACACGGUAGCACUUGAUUCCAAAAAACGGGUGUUCACGUGGGGUUUUGGUGGCUAUGGACGAUUAGGGCACUCGGAACCAAAGGACGAGUUUGUGCCACGGCACCUGAAAUUCUUUGAUGGACCAAACCGAGGUGCAACCCAGAUAUUUUGCGGCUCAACAUUUUGUCUUGCUGUCAAUGAAUUAGGUAGCCUGUAUUUCUGGGGUCAGACAAAAUCAACAGGUGAGGCCUCCAUGUACCCAAAACUGGUUCAGGACUUAUCAGGAUGGAGAGUGAGAAGUGUUGGCUGCUGCAACAAGAGUAUUGUGGUUGCUGCUGAUGAAAGUGUUGUAAGCUGGGGACCAAGUCCUACAUAUGGAGAACUGGGUUACGGAGAAAACAAGCCUCACUCCUCUACAGUGCCGCAGGAGGUCAAGACUUUGGACGGCAUCUAUAUCCAUGGCAUCGCAUGCGGCUACGGCCACUCCCUCUACCUGGCGCGGGCGGACACCGAAGCCAACAGACAGAAACUGGAACGAUUGCCAGUCUUCUCACCAUAAUAUCACCAAACCCCACUCGGCCCACUUUCUCUUCUAGCUCCUCCCCCUCCACUUACCCCCCCUCCUCUCCAAUUUUCAUUAUACCUCUUCCACCCCUUCCCACGUCCUCACUAUAUCCUCCUCUUCUAUUUCCUCUUCACGUCAUAUAAUUCCAUUUUGCCUUCCAUUUAUCCAAAGUCAGUUAUUUUCAUCUGUUCCAUUCACCUAAUUUUUUUCAUUCAUUUUAUUAUUAUUAUUAUUAUUAUUAUUAUUAUUAUUAUUAUACUUGAUGGCAAGGUGGCAGAAUCAUAACCACGCUGGACAAAAUGCUUAGUUGCAUUUUAUCUGUCUUUACGUUCUGAGUUCAAAUUCCGCCAAGGUCGACUUUGCCUCUCAUCCUUUCAGGGUCAAUAAAACAAGUACCAGUUGUGCACUGGGGUUGAUGUAAUCGACCGAUCCACUUCCAGCCUAGUGUCAAGUCUAUAAUACAAAGAAAGAAUUAUUACUUUUUUUAUUAUUAUUAUUAUUAUUAUUAUUAUUAUUAUUAUUAUUAUUAUUAUUAUUAUUAUUAUUGUGGCAAGCUGGCAGCAUCAUUAGCACAAAAUGCUUCGCAGCAUUUCACCCGUCUUUACAUUUUGGGUUCAAAUUCCACCAAGGUCGACUUUGCCUUUCAUCCUUCCAGGGGUUCAUAAAAUAAGUACCAGUUAUGCACUGGGGUCGAUGUAAUCAACUUACCCCCUCCCCCAAAAUGUCAGGCCUUGUGCCUUUAGUAGAAAGGAUCAUUAUUAUUUUUAUUAGUAAUGAUAUUUCUGAAUUCAAAACCUGCUGGGGGGUGCGGGGGUUCAAUAAAAUGAAGUACCAGUUAAAUACUGGGGUUGGUAUUGUGAUCGGCUAAUCUCCCCCUCCCGCUGCUCUUCAACAUUUGCUGGCCUUGUGCCUAAAUGAGAAACCAUUAUAAUCAUCAUCGUCAUCAUCAGACUGUUUUACCAAUUGCAUCUAUCUACCACUCUGAUGAUGAUACUGUUUAUGAAUCCUUGUGACAAAUAAAAGACAUAAUUGUUA